AUGGAUGGCAUAAAAGCAAGCCUAGAAGGGUUCAAAUUGGACCAAGUCCCCGUCUACUUGCUGAAGACAAAGUCGUCACCGUCCGACAGCUACGAAGAGCACUGCACCACCCUCUCCGACGGCCACUUCAAGCCACUCUUCAUACCAGUUCUGGAGCACCAAUUCCGCGAUGAUACACUACGGAAGCUUCGCCUUUCAGCAGAGCGCUUCGCUUUCGCUGGCGGUAGCGCCGCAACAUCCCGGCAACUCGCCACAAACAACCCCGCAAAACGCUACAGCGGCCUAAUCUUCACCUCCCAACGCGCAGUCGAUGCCUUCGCCACUGUAAUCGCCAAACUCGAGCCCGCCAAGGUCGCCUCCCUCUUUGAUCCCGACAUUCCCCUCUACGUUGUUGGGCCCGCCACAGCGAAUGGUGUCCGCUCUCUAGGUCUCCCCUGCCUGGUCCUCGGCGAGGAGACCGGCAACGGUGAUGCUCUGGCAAACUUCAUCCUCUCCCACCACAACGGGCUCUCUCGGGAGACGACAUCUUUGAAUGGUAGGAAACUACCGCUGUUGUUUUUGGUGGGAGAGCAGAGACGGGAUAUCAUCCCAAAGACGUUGCAGACUGAGGAUCUGCCAUCAAACUUGCGGAUCCCGGUGACCGAGGUGGUGGUGUACGAGACUGGGGAGAUGGCGACGUUCGAAGAAGAAUUCACAGACUUGCUGAAAGAAGCUAAAGCGGCGAAGGUCAAGGAGCAAUGGGUUGUGGUCUUCAGUCCGCAGGGUUGCGAAGCUAUGCUCAGUGCAUUGGGCUGGCUUGAUGAGAAGACUGGACGGUAUAGCGCUGGACGCCGGGAAGCAGUGUCGGGGUCGACGGAGACUCGCAUCGCAACGAUCGGGCCUACGACCAGGGACUUUCUCAUGCAGAAUUUUGGAUUCGAGCCAGAUGUCUGUGCUGAGAAGCCCAGUCCUGAAGGUGUGGCGGAGGCAAUUGUGGACUUUGGCAAAAAACCUUCAACUAUACUUGGUCGAAUGUAG